AUGUACAGCGCGCCCUCUUCUCAGGGCCCCGGUGCUUCGUCUAGCUCGACAUGGCGCGACCCCGAUCUGGUGCGGACAGUCCAGGACAUCAAGCGCCCACUGGAACUGCACGAGAACUUCGUCGAUGAGGAGGAUGACUUCUACGACGAAGACCCCUCUGAGGAUGGCGACGACAGGUUCUUCAACCCCGCAUUGCUCAGCCACAUCGCGGUACGCUUGAGGGACAAGGUCCCACGUGGGACCCAUGUGAAGGGCAGCAUACCGUAUCCUCGUGCUUUCACAGGCAAGGACGUUGUGUCAACGAUCCAGUCGCAAAUCCAGCGCGAGCUCCUCUUGACCCAUGGAAUAUCGACAAACGACCGAAGAGCGGCAUUGCAGGUCGCCCGCAGUUUACAAAGCCAACUAUUCUUCUACGAGGUCGAGUGGGGCGACCGCCCUCUGCAGGAUGGCGUCGAAGACGUGUACAUGUUCUGGGAUGACCAAGAGGGCGGUUCUGACAUGCGCAUGGAGCGUGAGGAGCUGCCGACCGCGGUCAUCACGCUUUUGACGCGCUGCUACGCGUCUAGUUGUGACGACGAGAAUCCAUGUUACUCGUUCACAUGCCCGCGGCGAAGAGGUGCGCUCCCACAACUCAGCCCCUCGGAGAAGGAGGAGGAAGAGGACAAGGAUGAGUGGACUCGGACAGUUCCUCGGGAACUGCUGGCAACCCUGCCGGACAGUGAGAUCAACAGGCAAAACAUCAUACACAAGCUCAUCGUGAAGGAGAAGCAGUACCUUCGUGACCUCGACACCGUUGAGACGCUCUUCGUCCGGCCACUCCGUUCCGCCAACCCGCCCGUCAUCAGGGCAAGUGAAAUCGACGAGUUCAUUGACGAGGUCUUUGGGAACAUUCUGGAUUUGCGGGAGUGCAAUCGCCGCCUUCUAGAAAUGAUCAACGUCCGCCAGCGCGAGCAGUCGCCAGUCAUUCAGGGCAUCGGUGACAUCUUCCUGGAGGCCGCGACUGAGUUCCGCGUGACAUACCCUAACUACGUCGGAAAUCUGCCCGUCGCGGAGAAGCGCAUGAAGGAUGAGUUGGACAAGAACGCAGAAUUCAAGCGCUUCGUUGAGCAAUGUUCAAGGCACCCUGAUGCCCACCGUCUCGACUUGAAGCACUUCCUCAGCAGGCCUUCUGAGCACCUACAGAAGUACCCUGUCGUGCUUGAAGCGAUCUGCAACGAGACGACGGAGGGCAACCCGGACAUUGACUUCCUCAAGGAGGCGAUCGACGCAAUCAAGAAGCUACAAGGCGUCGCCCAACUAUGGACCUGGCAAUCUGCGAUGGGCAAGGGACCUUCCGGGAAACUGGAUUGGCAUAACCUUGUACCAGAGGAGGUCAUCGCCAGCCUGUCGAAACAGGAGAUCAAGCGUCAGAACAUCAUCUUCGAGGUCAUCAAGGGUGAAAUGGACUACGUGCGCGACCUCGAGAACAUCGAAGUGAUGUACGUUUCCCCGUUGCGCGAGAUGGACCCACCCAUCAUCCCGCGGGACCGCCUCGAGCAGUUCAUCCAAGAGGUCUUCCACAACUACGCCGAGCUGCACACCCACCACCGGCGGAUGCUCAACAAGCUCCACGAGAUUCAGCGUGAGGAGCAUCCCGUCAUUCGCAGCAUCACCGCGGCGAUCUACGACGCCGUGCUCAACUUCCGGGAGGCUUACAUGGAGUACAUCCCGAACUACCCGAUUGCGGCGUACCGGAUCGACGACGAGAUCUCCAAUAACCCGGCGUUCAAGAGCUUUGUGGAUCAAUGUACGAGGCACCCGGAUUCGCAUCGACUCGACAUGAAGAACUUCAUCAAUCGGCCCAUUCCCCGUCUUCUGCGUUACGAACUGUUGCUCAAGAACAUCCUCGAUGAGACGCCAGAGGACCAUGAGGAUAAGGACUACAUUCCGCAGGUCCUGGACGUGAUCAAGUCGCUCGGUAAGGAGACAGAGCCCGGUGUUGUGUCUGCGAAGCAGAAGGUCGAAGUGUGGCGGUACAACUCGAACCUUGUCUUCAAGAGCGGCGAAGUGAUCGAUAUGGACUUGCUCCACGAGAACCGAUCCUUGAUACAUACCGGCAAGCUUCUACGUCAGCCCGAUACCGGCUUCGAAUGGAACGGAUGGACGGAGCUCUUCGUUCUGCUUUUCGACAACUACCUGGUCAUGACUAAGCCAAAGGAUAGGGAUGGUACUACCAAGUACCACGUAUACAGACGACCCAUUCCUUUGGACUUGUUGACGUUGGCGAACUUCACCGAUCCUGCCACGCAACGCGGAAACAGCAUCCUCCGACUUGGCCGGUCCGAGCGUCACGCCGGCGACGCCGUGGCCCCCGGAGGCAUGCAGCAGUCCCCCGAUUCCGCUACCGACUCGCGGCUCGUGUACCCGUGCACAAUCCAUCACAACGGACGGCUCGGUGGGCUGUACACCGUGUUCGCGGAGUCGUCGCAGGUGCGGAACGAGUGGAAGCAGAAGCUCGAGGAGGCGAUCGGGCUGCGCAAGGUCGUGCAAGACUCGAACAAGGUGUUCGAGAUCGAGACUCUCAGCGCGGACACGUUCCUUGUCCCCGCGAUGGGCCCGAGCUCGGGCAACACGUCGUGGAACCACGAGAACGCGUUCACUGGCAAGGUUACUUGCUCUGUACCCUUCACUACUGCCGAUGGUCGCGGGCUUGUUGCGAUCGGGUGUGCCGAAGGCGUUUGGAUUGGGUUCCGUCACGACUCGCGGUCAUUGCGCCGUGUGCUUCAUCUCAAGAUGGUGACACAGUGCGCCAUGUUGGAAGACUUCGGUAUCUUCCUGGUGCUCGCGGACAAGUCGCUAUUUGCAUACCAUAUCGAGGCCUUGGUCCCGUCGUCACCACAAAGCGCGCAUACCUCACAGACGCCGCAGAAGCUCAGUGGAAACAAAGACGUACACUUCUUCAGCGUUGGCAACCUGAACGGACGCACGCUCGUUAUUUACAUGAAGAAGAAAGGACUGGACAGCGUCUUCCGUGUGCUUGAACCAGUCGUCGGAAAGAUCAAUGAGCGGACGGACGCGCCGCGGACCUUCGGCUCCAGGUUAGGCUUGCGCUCACAACGUUCUGAAUGGUUCCGCGUGUACAGGGACUUCUUCCUUCCGUCGGAGGCGUUCGACUUGAUCUUCUUGAAGGCGAAGAUCGUCAUCCUGUGCACGAAGGGUUUCGAGAUCAUGGAUCUUACCGACUUCAAGUCCGUCACGAUUCCCCAACGCGACGAUCCUCGACUCGAGAAGUUGGCGAAGCGGUGCGAGUCAUGUCGGCCAAUGGGCAUGUUCCGCUCGAGUAACGACGAGUUCUUGCUCUGUUAUGACGAGUUUGGCUUGUAUGUCGACCGCCACGGAGACCCCAGCCGGUCGAUCGGGACGAUCGAGUGGGAAGGCACAGCAGAGCAUGUCGCUUGGCACCCGCCAUACGUGCUCCUCUUCGACUCGCGUUUCAUCGAGAUCCGGCACGUCGAGACCGGGCGGCUCGCGCAGAUCAUCCCGGGCAACGAUGUGCGCUGUAUCUGGGACGGGCGCGGGGUUACGGGCGUGCCGCAAACGCCGGCCGCGCAGGAGGGGUACGGGCAGGAGAUGAUCUCGCAGGAACCGCGCGUGCACGGGGUGAUGAACCUUGCGGACGCGGCGGCGCCGCUAGGCCCGAACACACGCGCGGGGCGGCCAAUCGCGCAGCACGUCUUCGAGCUCAUCCCGACGAUCCCGUUAUACCUGCCUGGGUCGCUCGCGUCGCCGUCGCAGUCGACGACAUACUUUUCGCAGAACAACUCGCCGCCGCACUCGCCACGGUUGAACCCGGCGCUGUCGUGGCGCUCGUGA